AUGACGUCGAACAUUGAUCGUCGGGAAUUUCCAUCCAAUCUCCUGCGUCUUUCCAAACAAGUCCUCGUUAGCAUCACAGGAACCCAAUCUCCAGUCAAGCAAACAUUCCUACUUAGUCCUACCCCUUCAGAAGAAAGCUUCCGCCCAGACUCUCCCAUACUUCAACUUUUUUACGGUAGAGAUGCCUUAACAACUACCAACACAUCAGAUACCUCUAUAAAUUCACUAUCUACUUCGACAGGCGAUACCCAAGAAAACGGUCGAGUAACUUGGCGAUCUGCAGAUGCAAGAAUGAGCGAUAUACUACCAGAUGAUAUGGAUCUCUAUGCUGAGGCUGAGCCGCAUAUUCAAAGGGAAAGUACUGAGACACAUGGCAGACAACAUCAGUCCGUAACAGCGCAAGAACCAAUCUUUGGCCCAGAGGUCAGAAAUGGGCUACAAACUAUCAACAAGGACGAUUUUCCAUACUAUCCUUUGCCUUCGCACUCUUCGCUACCCACAGCCCCUGUGCAUGAGGAAGCGAAGACAGAUCUAAAUGAUGAUGCGCGACCACUGCUAAGGAGGGGAGCAAGGGCAAUGAGGCUGAAAAACUAUCUGAAAUGCGUGUUUCGAAAGUAUGGAAUCAAGAAGGCGUAA